AUGGCAGCAGUCAUACUUCAGCACCAUACGGUGCGGCAAACGCCUACCCCACCACCAAUUGGAACACCAUCACUCACUCUCACUGCACCGUCAACCCGAAGCCAAACCCCAAUCCCAAAUAAACACUUACCAGUUUGCCCCACUGGCCCUGCCCCCGCUAGUUCUAAGCUCCCUGCCGCCUCUUAUUCAACGUCUACCUCACCUUCAAGCAAACAGUUUAGUGUUCAACAUCCAACCGCCUUAUACCCACCAGACAAUAGAUACCAUCUGGUAUACAACCAUCCGCCUGUAUUUUCGAUUAGCGGAAAGCAGUUAGCUGUUGCUCUUGAGGACCUGGCCACAAGACCACUCCCAGAUCCGUCCAAGCUAUUUCCUUGGCUUCACGGGUUGCACCCAGAUAACCAGAUCCAGCUGUCAUUUUUUGUAUCUCGCCGUAGAACUCUACGACGAAUCCCAAAAUGCCUACGAACGAUCACGGUGAUAAAGGUCGGCGGUGACUUGACCAAGGGCAAGAUCAGAGGCGCUGUUGCACCUGAUGAAAUUUUGGCUGGAUCAAGUUUUAUCGAUGCAGACCCACGUGAAGGAUUUUCAGUGAGGAAUUUCCAUAUUCAAACCGCAAAACUUGCGGCAGUAUCGGAUAUCAUUGUAUAUGGAGAUGAUGAUGCAAGUGAAGAAAGUAUCUUGUCCGCUGCAGUGGAUAUUUCCGCAGCACAGGAAGAAUGGAUGAGAAGAUUUGAUCCUGGUCAGGAGUCCAGGCUAUUCAACACGUUUGUGGUGUCAACGUCUUUCCAAGAAAUCGAAAUGCAGCAUCCAGACAUUGUAGCCAUCAAUCAAAAUGGGGUUCUAUCAGGCCAAGUCAUGGACUUUUUCCUUUGGGAGCGCCUGGAAAUGUACACCAUGUCCCAGGCGACUGAAAUAUCGAAAAAUGUAUGGCAGGGGCCGUCUCCUGAUUUGAGCUAUGAUAUGGGCGGGCCGCCUGCCAGUCAUUAUGAUAUUCUUAUUGAAACACAUGACGGAGCCACCAUGCCUGAUACAAGAUACCUGACGAAGAUAUCCUCCCAACUCCAUAAAGGCCCACAUCACAUUGAAUUUCCGUCCUCGGGUAGCCUUAUGGCAUCUUCAUGGAGUCAACUUGAAGUUUAUGAUUUCAUCGCUACUUGCAGAUGGAUAUACCAACUUGCCAACCCUCGCAGGCAAGAAGAGUUGUCUGAGGAUGAGGAUGGCGAUAUACCUAUGCAACCAGUAGCUGUGAAACCAUGCAAAGUCUUCAUACACUGCGGAGACGGUUACACAGAAAGCUCGCUCCUUGCCCUAGCAUAUUUCAUGUAUGCUGAGGGCGCGCCGGUUCAUGAGGCCUGGCUAAGGUUGCACUGUGAGAGAAAACGAAAUUUUUUCGCCUAUCCAUCUGACGUCACCUUCCUUCUGGAAAUACAGCAGAAUUUACUCAGUGAGAGUCCGAACUCAAGAGCUCGACAACUAACAUAUCAGCCUAGCCCUAACUGGAUGACAAAAAUGGACGGCUCCUUACCCAGCCGAAUCUUACCUUACAUGUACCUUGGGAAUUUGGCUCACGCCACCAACCCUGAGCUGCUUUGGUCCAUGGGUAUUCGUAGGAUACUAAGCGUUGGGGAACCUGUGUCCUGGAUGGCAGAGGAAGUUGAAAAGUGGGGUGCGGAAAAUCUGUUGCUUAUCAAUGAGGUGCAGGAUAAUGGCAUAGAUCCUUUGACUCUGGAGCUUGAGCGAUGUCUGGCGUUUAUUGAAAACGGUAAAUUUGAUGGAACGGCAACGUUGGUGCAUUGUCGUGUUGGCGUCUCGAGAUCUGCGACCAUUUGUAUUGCGGAGGUUAUGAAGUCUAUGAAUUUGUCUUUCCCAAGAGCAUAUUGUUUUGUUCGAGCGAGGAGAUUGAAUGUGAUUAUCCAGCCUCAUCUUCGAUUUGUAUAUGAACUUCUCAAGUGGGAUGAAACCCUUCAACAGAGACGAAACAAUUCCUUCCGACGAGACUUAGAAUGGGCCACCGUUGCCCGUGAAAUCGCCUUGAUGAACAAGCCAUACUCAAGACAAUAA